UCAAGGAAAGCUGUAGACAAGGAGAUAGUAUGAGGCGGGAGGAAGAGGAAGAGGAGAGAACUAGGACAGGUGCAAAAGGGAACUCACAGGCAAAGGAGGAGGAGGAGAUCCACGAGCUGAGAGAACUGGUUGGCCCCUUUGUGAGUGCCAUGUCCACCCCAGUGCCCCACAACAAGGCGACCCGGUUUUCUGAGGCCUGGGAGUAUUUCCACCUGGCCCGUCACGCUGGGCACCACCCUAACCAAUACGCCACUUGCCACCUGUGUGGAAGGCAGGUGAGCCGUGGCCCUGGGGUGAAUGUGGGUACCACCGCCCUGUGGAAGAAUCUGGAGAGCAUGCACAGAGAGGAACUGGAGAAGAUUGGCCACAGUUACGCAGGGCAGCGCCAGGACCCAAGGGCUCAAGGGCCCCAGCUCCCCAUGGGCAUUAAGGGCGACUGGGCCAGGCUCCUAGAGGAGGUGGGGACUCUGGCUUUGUGGGCCAGCCAAAGAGAAAAGGACCUUCUUAGGAGGGAGAGGGCAGUGGAGUGGCGGGAGCGGGCUGUGGAAAGGAGAGAGCGAGCUGUGGAGGAGGAGGAAAGGGCCAUCCUGGAGAUGAAAUGGAAGGUGAGGGCUGAGAGGGAGGCCUGCCAGAGGGACACAGGCCAGCCCGCAGCUGCUCACCCCUUCCAUUUUGUUUAA